AUGCAACAGCAAACAGCACCACGGCCACUCAUCGCAGAGAUUGAACAGCUCAGACGCUCAGUCGACAGCAUGAACUCUCAAACCGCCGAGAUGCUUAAGAACCUCGAACAACUUCGACACCUAGGCGCGGAUCAUAUUGCACUCCCAUCAACUGAGCAGGAGAAGCUUGACCGCGAGUGGGAGUACUUUGAAACCGUCUGCGACCAAGUGUACUUUAUUCUGGAAAACGCAAAGUACAAACUCAAGAGGCAACAAAACAUGUAUCACAAUCAAUUGAACCCUCCAGUCCCUGAACCGGCGCCAGUGAUCCCUCAACACGAACCAGUAACGCCAAUUGUUCACUCGGUCACAACACCCAUCAGUAACACGACACCUCAAUUGUCUGCAGGAACAACGCCCACAGGAUCAGUAGCAACAGGAGCAACAGUAACACCAUCCACGACAGCAGCAGCAACAGUAGCGAUAGCAACCCCGUUAAACUUGGUCACACAAUCGCCUGCAGCAAUAGGCAUGACCCCUCAAAACAACUCGCCACUGGAUUUACAAAUGUUGAGUCCACCAAGCAAUUUCGACAUCAACUCUUCUACACCUGGCGGUGGCGUCACGACUCCCUCGAUGCUUUUGUCGGCUGCAGCACAGGAUACCAACCUUGCUGUUGGCAGCAAUCCGUCACUUGAUCCAUCACUCGAUACUGAUGGCACUAAUAACAUUCAGGACACCAUGCUCGACCUUGGCGAUAUUGGCAGUCUCGGCAACGGAGACAUGGACGACAUGAUCAACUUUUAA